GUUGCCUUCAAGGCUCCAAGUGAAGCGAGAACACUGCUGAUAAUCCAGACGGCGGGGGCCUGGAUCCACCCUGUGCAGUUUUUUAAAGUUUUUUUAAAGUUUUUUUCACAUGUCUAGUAGUUAUCUGAGUUGUUCUCUCUUAACGGCAGGUUUGCUUCCCAGUUGUCUUACACUCACUUCUACAGGAGCACCAGUUGUGUUAUUCUUUGCACAAAGGAUGUCGUUAUCUGGGUGUUUUUUCCUGUAGCCUGUGCAGCAGGUUGCGCUUUACUUUAGGUUCAACACUCCAUGAGAGGGGAAACCUCCCAACCCUGCCUGGACACUGAUUUUUUUUUUUUUAAUCUACUGACUGAGUUGGACGCUGGCUUGGCGGAUUUAUUUCCCCCACUGGAUGUGACACUCUGCAGCCAUGCUGCUGCUGCUGCUGCUCAUCUGCCUGCAAACUUCACUGCAAGAGCCGACUUCUCCUCCCGGUCGAUGCGACAUCUCACAGAGGUUGGAAGUUCAGACCCCCUGCACCUCCUGCGCCGCCGUCGCCACUGGCACCUGCCCCCGCGGCUUCAGCGGCGCGGGCACCACCAACUGCAGUUACGUGGUGCAGAUCGGCGGCAGGCAGCUGGAGCUGAAGGGAUGUCAGCACGUCUGCGUGAAGAGGUUCAUGCAGCCACAGUGCUGCCCCCAGCACUGGGGACAGCUGUGUCUCCCCUGCCCCAGUUGGUCGGGAAAGACCUGUAACUUCCACGGAGCCUGUGUGGAUGGCGACCUCGGCAACGGGACCUGCGUCUGUGAUGACGGCUACUCUGGCUUCGCCUGUCAGGAGUGUAAGAACCAGAAUGCUUACGGAGAAAAGUGCGAUAAAGAGUGUGACUGUGUGCACGGAGUGUGUAACAAAGGUCCCGAGGGCAACGGAGAGUGUCUGUGCCAACCGCCGUACACCGGGAAGAACUGUGACCAAGUGAGCACCAGGUGCAGCAACUGCAGCCCCUACUCGUUCUGUGGAGGAGAGGGAGACGCCGCCAACUGUGAAUGUUUGCCCGGAUACAGGAAGACGGCGGCGGGCAAAUGCGCAAGUAUUUGUGCAGCAAGGGACUGCGACGUCAAUGCCCAGUGCUCCACGCAGGGGUCAAAGGUCACCUGCGCCUGUAAGCCCGACUACCUGGGCGACGGCAAGAUCUGCGUACCCAGAAACCCCUGCUCCGAGAACAACGGGGGAUGUCCCCUCAACUCCACCGUCUGCGUCUUUAAAGGAGCCAACAAGUCCGGCUGUGAGUGUAUGUUCGGCAUGUCCCCUGUAGGUGGCAACCCUGAGUCUGGCUGUGAGCUGGUGUCUGCUUGUUUGGCGGACACCUGUGAACCCACAGCCGUCUGUCAGACUGAGCUGGACGGACAACCCAGGUGUGUGUGUGAGGCAGGUCAGAUCGGUGAUGGUCGGCGUUGCUACGGCAACCUGAUGGAGCGCAUUAUAGAGCUCAGCAGGAGCGGGAGCCGGAAAGAAAAUAUGACCGAAACCGUCGGCUUGUUUGAGAGAGGCUGUGAACUGCUUCUGAGUCACAAUGGACCUUUCACAGUUUUUAUCCCCCUGAUGACAAAAUCUUUCGCUGGCUUUGAUGAGGAGAUGCUGUGUCAUAACCACGUGUUAAGGGGUCAGCACCUCUUCAAGGACCUGGAGGGACGAGACCGAAACUUCUACGGAGGAGGCUGGUUCAGGAGCAAAGGCAACAAGAAGUUCAUCCUGAUGGACGAACCCACGAGACAGUACACCGUCCUCCAGGAAGACCUGCCAGCAGCCAACGGGAUCAUCCACAUCAUCAACCGGCCAAUCACAAGCUUUGUCACUGUCGGGCCUAAUCAUGACAGACAGUUUGCUGAUAAGACAAUUGGAGAGAUUCUGACCAAAGAUGAAAAAUUCAACCGCUUCCUGUCGCUGGUUGAUAACUGCGGCUCGCCUCCUCCUCUGCGGGGGCCGGGGCCCCUGACCGUGUUCGUUCCCACCAACCAAGCUGUGGACCGAGCCCGAGACGGCAGCAUCCUCUACAUGAUAAACGAGUCCAAGGCUAAACUUCAAGAACUCCUCAGACACCACGUUUUCUCCAAGGCUGUGCUGACAGCCGACCAGAUCGCCGCUCUCCCCAAGAUCCUGACAAUGGCCAAUCAGUUCGUCACCAUCAACCUGUCCGACGACGGUGAGAUCCUGUUGGGGGAGAAGGGCGUCCGGCUGGUGACCACCAACAUCAAGGCGUACAACGGGAUCAUCCACGUGAUUGACGGGCUGCUGUACCCGCCCUCCAUCCUGCCCAUCUUGCCACACCGCUGUGACGUCAUCGAGAGCAAGAUCACCGUGAGUCCGUGUGUUCAAUGCAGUUACCUCUAUACAACAGAUUGUCCAGUAGGCAGCACUGAAAUGGAGACUCAUCAGACCGGCUGUGAAUACGUCACGUCUCCUCUGACGUCGGCACUCAGUAAAGGCUGCGCCAAAUACUGCAACACCACCAAACUGGUACCAGAGUGUUGUAAAGGUUUCUACGGUCCAGACUGUAAACCCUGUAUUGGAGGAUUCCAGCAUCCCUGCUACGACAAAGGAACGUGCUUCGAUGGUAUCCACGGCAACGGCUCGUGCAGCUGUCGGGCCAAUUUCAAGGGCGUCGCCUGCCACAUCUGCUCGGAUCCGUCCAAGCACGGAGACAACUGUGACGAAGAGUGUCGGUGUGUCCACGGUGUGUGUGAUAACCGCCCAGGCAGCGGCGGUGUGUGUCGGAAAGGAUCUUGUCUAGAGGAAUACUCCGGAGACAACUGUGACAAGACAGCGACGCCCUGUAACUCGGACGGGCUGAAGGAGCACUGUCACAUCCACGCCUACUGUACACACACAGGACUACACACCACAUGUGUGUGUAGGGAUGGAUACGAAGGUGACGGUCACUCCUGUUCUCCCAUUAACCUCUGCCUGAAGAGCAACCAAGGAGGCUGCGAUAACAACGCAAUGUGUGUGUAUGUGGGCCCAGGCAACGUGUCGUGUGUGUGUGUCGAGGGCUGGACGGGUGACGGCAGAGUGUGUGUGGAGAUCAACAACUGUCAGCUGGAGAGUCGAGGCGGCUGCAGCCCCAACGCCGACUGUAACCACAUUGGACCCGGACAGAGCGAGUGUGUCUGUAAAACAGGUUACAUGGGCAACGGGAAUGUGUGUGACCUGAUCAACCCCUGCAGAAAACAGAACGGAGGCUGCCAUAACAUUGCGAAGUGUGAGCUGCGGAAGAACAGCACUCACACCUGUACCUGUCCCGAUGGCUUCGCUGGAGAUGGAACCAUCUGCUAUGGAUCGUUGCUGGAGGAGCUGGACAUGAAUCCCAAGAUGUACUCUUUCCACCGACUGGCUCAGAAGUACAGUCACUUCUCUGAGGACCUCAGUCUGAACCUGACAGUGUUGGUUCCUUCGAGAGAAGCUCUGUGGAACAUGAGUUCGGACAAGGACUCGUUCUGGAAAAGCCGGCACAACCUGCCUCACCUCCUGCGGGCCCACAUCCUGCCGGGAGUCUACUCUUUGGAAGAUCUGUACAAGCUGGUGGGAAGCAGGCUGCCGACCCUCAACCCCCACACCUCCUGGGAGAUCAGCAACAGCAGCGCGGGGCUCCAGAUUGGCAACGCCUCGGUCAUCACAUACAACCUCCCCGCAAUCAAUGGCUACAUUCACAUCAUAAACCAGGUUCUGGCCCCGCUUCGCGCGGACCUCCCCCCCGAGCCCCCCGCGCUGAUGGCCUUCCUCAACUCCUCCUCCAACUUCACUCUCUUCAGACAGUACGCUCUGAUGUACAACCUGUCAAAGCAGUUGAGCAUGUCUGAUUUCACCCUCCUGCUGCUGACAGACGACGCCAUCAGGCAGCACCUCAGCAGGACUAACUCCUCCCUCCUGGCCUCGGACGUGUUCCAGUACCAUGUGAUCGUCGGCGAGCUGCUCUUUCCUGACCACCUGUCUGACGGCACGUUGAAGAGCACUCUGCUGGGCGACGACUACCAGGUCCAGUUCCACCUGAACGACAACAACCAGACGCUUGUGAACGACGUUCCUCUCGACGGCACUUUCUUUGAGACGCAGUAUGGCGUCGUCAUCGUCCUCCCCCAGGUCCUCCAAGUCCGACGCAACAGAUGCAGCAAGGAGGUCACCCUGCAGGUCAACGGGAGGUGUUCAGACUGUGCUGGACCACCGCGAUGCCUCUUCAGCUACAAACCAAUCAAACCACAGUUUCCUGCCAGCAUGCGGCCCAACUGUAAAUACAGGAAGCGGAUUGGUUCCAUGAGGAAGUCGGUGCCAGGCUGUAUCAUCAAAUGUCUUCGGUUUACCACGGAUCUCUCCUGUUGCCCUGGUUACUUUGGUCACGAGUGCUUCAAAUGCCCCGGAGACGUUGGCAGCUGGUGCUCCAAUAACGGGGAGUGUCAGGACAGUAACCGUGGAAACGGGGAGUGUCGUUGCUACGAGGGUUUCCAUGGCACCGCGUGCGAGAACUGUGAACCGGGAAGAUACGGCGUCAACUGCUCUUCCAAGUGUGUGUGCGACCAUGGGAAGUGUGAGGACGGUCUGGCAGGAAGCGGCAGGUGUGUGUGUUAUAAAGGUUGGAAAGGAGUGUCCUGCUCUGUAGAGAUCAAGGACGACGCCUGUGGCGGUGUGUGUGACGAGAACGCCAACUGUAUAACGGGACCGAAGGGAGUAGCUGCUGCUUGUCUGUGUGUGGCUGGAUAUGAGGGCAACGGAACCUACUGCAAAGAGCUGGAUCUGUGCAGCAGGUCUAACGGGGGAUGCUCGGAGUUUGCCGCCUGCAUUAAAGUGUCAGCAGGAGUGAGGACCUGUACCUGCAGACAGGGCUACACCGGAGACGGGGUCGUCUGCCUGGAGAUGGACGGUUGUCUGGUCAACAAUGGAGGCUGCCACAAGUCAGCCGACUGCAUCCGAGCGGGGCCCAACAUCACGGCCUGCAGGUGUCGGCUGGGCUUCCAGGGCUCGGGGAGGUUCUGUUAUCCUGUCAACCCGUGCAGAAUCAACAACGGCGGCUGCAGCAGGUAUGCCAACUGCGAGUACCUGGGUGAGGGCCGGAGGAACUGCACCUGCUUGAGAAGCCACGUGGGCGACGGCUUGAAUUGCCGCGGAAACGUCUACAAUGAGAUUUCUCGCCAGUCGGAGAACUCGUUCUACCAGCGGAUGGUGUCGUUAUCAAAUACUCGUAAUCUCUACGGCAACGGCCCGUUCACCGUCUUCGUCCCCGUGGAGUCGACCAACAAUGCCUCCGUUGUUGAAGAAUGGAGGUCGUCUGGUCGUCUGCCUGACCUGGUCCGUUACCACAUUGUCUCCUGUGAGACUUUGACCUUGAGUGACCUGAAGACGACGGCGCGCGCCGCCUCGGUGUCGGGACACAUGCUUCAUUUCAGCCUGCAGCAGGGCUCAGUCUGGGUCAACAGCAGGUCGAGGAUCGUGAAGAGCGAUUACACCACGGCGAACGGAGUCAUUCACCACAUCGACACGCUGCUCACACCUUACAGGCUGCAGGACAGACCGGUCGUCCAGGAUGACAAGAUGAACUUCACCACGGCAGCGACGUUUUAUGGCUACAGCCGCUUCUACAAACUCGUGGAGGAUGCAGGGUUACUCCCUGUGCUCCGGAUGUCCAUCCACCAGCCGUUCACCAUGUUCUGGCCCACAGACGAGGCCCUCAGCUCCCUGCCGGCUGAGCGACAGCGCUGGCUCUCCAGCCCGGACCACCGAGAGCAACUGGCUGCGACUGUGAAGGCUCAUAUAAUACGCAACUCAAAGGUGUUGGGUGUUGGUCAGCCAGAUAAAUUCUCGUCGUUCCGCACCAUGCACGGAUCCACCAUCAAGUUCAAGUGUGACAAGACCCUGGUGGGUGCUGUGCUGAUUAACGAUAACGCCGCCAGGUUGGUGGAGCGCUACCUGAACUUCAAAGAGGGCGUGGCCUAUGGCAUCGACCAGCUGCUGGAGCCACCCGGCCUGGGAGCGCACUGCGACAGCAUCGAAAACAAAACCACUUACGGCCGCUGCGGACGCUGCGGGUUCCCUCCGUCCUGCCCCCUCAGACACCAUGAUAUGGGAAAGACGGAGCCUUGUUUGAACUUUCGCUACAGGUCAUACCAGCGUUGGAAUUUUGACCUGGACGACCAUUUCAGCCGAAUGGGCUGUAAGAGAGUUUGUCAGUUUCCCUCCUGGGUCCAAAAGUGCUGCAGUAACCACUACGGCAGAGACUGCCAAGUGUGUCCCGGCGACGUGGAGGCACCUUGUGGGAAACGCGGCGUCUGCAGCGACGGUCUGCGCGGCACAGGACAAUGUAGCUGCGACAAGGGCUUCAGAGGAAGCGCUUGCGAAGUGUGUGACCUCGGCUUCUUCGGCCCCAACUGCACAGCCUGUCGCUGUGGGAGGCAGGGGACGUGUGACGAGGGCCUCGACGGCUCUGGACGGUGUGUGUGUCAAACGGGCUGGAGCGGCGAUCUCUGCCAGACUGAAAUAGGCUCCAUCCCGGAGGAGUGCCGCCAGUGUCACGCUCAGGCCGACUGCGCGCCAGGUGUCGGCUGUCAGUGUAAAUCUGGGUUCCAGGGGAACGGCACCUCCUGCGUCCCGGAGCCACCUCCGGACCUCUGCUCCGAGUACAACGGCGGCUGUCACCAGAAUGCAGACUGUAACCAGACGGGACUGGUCGUCAACUGCACCUGUCACAGCGAUCACCAAGGAGACGGUUUCUCCUGCCAGCCCAUCAACAGGUGUGUCGAGGAGCCCAACGGAGGCUGCAGUGACUUUGCCUCCUGCAAGUUCACGGGUCCAAACGAGCGCGAGUGCGAGUGCCUGCUGGGGUAUGUGGGAAACGGAGUCCAGUGUCUGGAGAAGUUGUUGCCCCCCGUCGACCGCUGCCUGGAGGCCAACGGAGGCUGCGCCCCGGUGGCCACCUGCAAAGACCUGCACUACCACGCCAACACAGCCGGCGUGUUCCACCUGCGUGCUCCGGAGGGGAAGUACAAGAUGAACUUCAGUCAGGCCGGCGCCGCCUGCCAGGAGGAAGGCGCCACACUCGCCAACUUCAAACAGCUGGGAGACGCACAGCAGCUGGGGAUGCAUCUGUGCGUGGCCGGCUGGAUCGAGGGGGGGAGGGUGGGCUACCCGACCCGCUUCCCUUCAGUCAAAUGCGGGGACAACCACGUGGGCCUGGUCAUGUACAAAGAGCCCGUGGACCAGGGCAGCCAGUACGACGCCUACUGCUACAGGCUCACAGAUGUUUCGUGUUCGUGUCCUGCCGGUUACAUUGGAAACGGAGAUUACUGUAACGGCGUCCUGACCAGCGUCCUCGCAACAUACAGUAACUUCUCCAUCUUCUACCAGUUACUGUUGCGUUACAGCGACUCGACGUCGGACGGCAAACACCUCGUUGACUUUCUGUCUCACAGGAAGUCUGAGGUCACGCUGUUUGUUCCUCACAACGCCGGCUUCGCCCCAAACCAGACUCUGUCCGGCAGAGAUCUUGAGUAUCACAUCUCAGCCAAUCACAGCAGGCGACCCUUCAAGGAUCUGAGACACGAGGAAGUCAUCACGUCGUGGCUCGGGGUCGACCUGACCGUAACCCACGGCAACAACGAGAGCUGUAAACUGGUGAACAAGCGGCAGCUGUUGGAGUGGGACAUUCCUGCCGUCAACGGGAUCAUCCACGUCAUCGAGGCGCCGCUGUCUGCGCCCCCCCCGACGAUCUCCCACGAUGCUUCCAGAGGCCACGCCCACUCCAGCGGCACGGUGUCGGCCAUCUUGGUGUCGAUGUUGUUGGUGUGCGUGUUGGCAAUGCUGGGAUACUACAUCUUCAAACACAAGACCGACGCCUUCCGCUUCCACUACUUCAGAAACGAGGACGAGGACGGAGCAGCGGGCGGCAGAACCAAACCCACGCUGGUCUCCAUCCCCAACCCUCUGUACAACGGCUCCCGGGCGUUCACCGAGCCGUUCGGGGGGCCCAGUUCGGGGGCGGAACCGGCGGAACCCGAAGAACCUCCAAAGAUUUUAGACCUGUGAAAAAACUGGAGCUCGUCAGUUCACGAACCACAAUCACCUGUCGGCAAUGAUCACGAUUCAGCUUUGUGCAGUUAAUCUUCAUCCAAUUAAGAAAUAAAAUCUGUCAGUUUACACAAACCCGAUGCUCUCUGAAAUAAAAGGAAAUCUAUUUUUACUGGUAAUCAACCAAA